UGCCCGCAAAGACGUCAUAUAAGAUACAGCCGUGGAGAAUUUUAGAACACAGAGCAAACAGAGUUUCCAGAAAAUGGCAGCGGUGGCGGAAGCAACUUCCCUCAACCACAUAUCCAGAGAAUCCUCCGACAUUAGACGCCUUGCUAACUUCUACAAAGAGAUCUUUGGGUUCGAGGAAAUUGAAAGCCCAGAUUUCGGGGAGUUUAAAGUGAUAUGGCUGAAUCUUCCGGGAGCUUUUCCUAUGCAUCUGAUCGAAAGGAACCCACUUACGAAGCUUCCCGAAGGUCCGUACAGUUCCACGGCGGCCGUUGCUGACCCGAGCAAUCUCCCCAGAGGUCACCAUAUUUGCUUCACCGUUUCCAAUUUCGAUUCUUUUGUUCAGUCUCUCAAGGUAAUGGAUUGGAGGUUGCUAGUAGGGAAGCUCCAUAGAAAACUUGAAGCUUGUACCUUGAACAGAAGAUCCUCAGCUAGACCAUACUUUGCUACUAAAUCUCUCCUUGUUUUACGUUGUACGUGUAGUAAUACCUAUGAAGUAAUAUUUAUAUGUGGGUGUAAUAUAAUGUCUGCGUGUUAAUAAUUUAGUUUAAGGAUUUAAAACCCAGAUCUAAGGUCUCAUUCUAUUGGACCAACUGAUAGUUGAUAUAUUUGAAAAAUCAUCUUCAUGCA